AUGUGUCUGCGCCCCCUAAGCGCAACACGGUCGACUCGAGCCGAGCGUGGUGCGACCAAGGCGGCAGAGGUUUGUAGCUCACGCUUCUCAAUUCGUCCGCGUUCGUGCUCCAAUGUAUCUACGGCAUCUAGCAGUUGGUCUCCUACCGGCAUGGACGUAACCUCGCGUGACACGGUGUCUGGUCGUUGGGUAGAAGACGUAGCUGCACGUACAUGCGCCAAGUGUGAGCGUGGAUUUUCGCUUGUAAAUCGCCGUCAUCAUUGCCGCGUAUGUGGUGAAAUCUUUUGUCAUGCUUGCUCACGUACGCGUAUGGUGCUGGCUACAAAUCCAGGUGAGAUUCCACGCCGUCAGCGCGUGUGUGACCCGUGUGCAGCCCAUGCGCAUAGUAGUGCUGUAUUGUAUGAUGCUGAAGAUGUAUCGAUGGGAUUGCGUUCUUGUGCGAAGGAAGAGGUUGUUCAAGGUAGUUCCAUGACAGAGGAGAUACUUUUGGCUAAGGAACAACAGGACACGAAGGUUUGCAAGGUUCAGACGUUGCGAAACCAGGACAAUAGCAAUCUAAGCUUAAUGGUGGCAUCAACAGUGGGCUUUGCGGCUGCGUUUUGGUUCUUAAAGGAUGAAGUAGCCAUAUCGAAUCCAGCCGUUUGGAUUUUGUUGGCUGGGUUUGUCAAAAACGUGUACGAGGUAGUGAUGAAAAUCAACGCUGCCCGUCAUUUUACGGACGGUGUCACGGGCUUGGAAGAUGCCGAGAAGAUUUUUAGUGGCAUGGAUUUAGACGCGACGGACGAGGUAUCGACUGCUUCUUCAACAGACACGUUGGAGAAGAUAAAGGAGAACAAGUAUGCUCAUGUGAAGAUUACGGCGGCGCAGAGCGACGAGCUCAUUGCCAGUUCGAAACAAUCAUUGGAUAAAGUACUGGAACUGGCUAACACAGAAGUCACGAAAGACUCGGCAUGGACUGAGGAGAUUCCUACAACCGAAAACGUUACAGUCUACUCGCGGGACGGCAAACCGUCGCGUAUUUACAAGUGUGAGGCCGAAAUUCCACUCUCUCCGGACGAGCUCUUUGAUGAAUUGUAUACAAAUCUGGAGACUAGCAAUGUGUGGAACGUGACAGCAGCAGAGAGCAAUAUUAUUUGCAAACUGGAUGAAACCACUGACCUGGUGCACUUGACUUCGGCCCCUGCUUUGGGUGGUAUGAUUUCUAGCCGCGACUUUGUGAACACACGCACAUGGCGUCGUCAGGAUGGCGGUGGCUAUGUUAUCGCCAACAGCUAUGCCGGAAAGAACAUUUUCAAGCCGCAGAAGGGUAUUACCCGUGGCGAGAACGGCCCGACGGGAUGGGUCAUCUUGCCUCAUCCGACGUCUCCGUUCAAGAGCCGUCUGAUUUGGAUUCUUAACAUGGAUAUCAAGGGCUACUUUCCGUCUAGUGUUAUCCGCAAGGGCUCCAUUAGCGAAGUUUCUUGCUUCGUGCGUAACUUGCGUCAGUAUGUUGCGCGCAACACUGUUUUGAACGAGCACGCUCCUGAAGGUGUUUCGGCUACUGUACAGUAG